GCCUGCGUGACCCUGUUUGAAGAGGGAAUCUAUAUUGUAAGGGGUUCUCGGACGCUGGGGCCAUGGAGGAAGGAGGUGACGGACGCGGCGGGACCACCUGCAACAGAGAAGGCAAGCCACACAGCACCAGCCAGGACACCGGCAGCAACACUGAUCAAAAUAUAAGUAUUAGAAGCCGCGCAAGGACACGGAACGUAGCGCUGGGCGGACAGGGCAGCGAACAGCCUCAGGUCUUCCGAAAGAUGGUGUUGUGCAGCACGGGGUUUUCAGAGCGGGCGAAUAUCAGCUUUCGCGACCGGAUCGAGGCUCGAGGGGGCCGCUUUACCACCCUCUUUAGCGUGCAGGUGACGGCACUCAUUGCCCAGGUGGUGGGUACCGAGAAGUACAAG